AUUCAUAUAGUUCUGUCUGAAGAGAAGAGUUAUGAUAUAUUAAAUAUAAUAAGUGGUUUUUUUCUUCUUCAUUUCCACGUUCCAUCAAAUGAAUAUGCUCUUUACAGUACAGCCAAGUCAUCAUAACGUAUGUUGGGGAGUUCUUAUAGUACUAGGAUGGAUCUGAAGUUUGUGUUGUUCAAGAUCUGUGUGGUUUUUUUUUUCAUUGUUGUUUGCUUAAGAUAUAUUUGCUUUACUAAAGUAAUUUUUCUCUUUGCGUGUAGGAUUAAUAAUUAGCUCAUAGUUUUUUUGGAAGAGUUGUGAAAAUGGGACUUGUGGAGCUUUUUGGGGUGGCAUCUAUGCCCGUGAUCAAAGUACUACUAAUCACUGCUGUUGGCUUGCUUCUUGCACUGGACAACGUAAAUUUGUUGGGAAAAGAUGCAAGGAUACAAGUGAAUCAUCUUGUGCAUUAUGUGUUCAAUCCUGCACUGGUGGGUGGCAAUUUGGCCGACACGAUUACUUUUGAGAAUGUUGUUUUAUUGUGGUUCAUGCCGGUCAAUAUCCUCUUGACGUUUAUAAUAGGCUCUGCCUUAGGAUGGAUCCUUAUCAAAUUAACAAGGGCUCCCAAACACUUGGAAGGGCUAAUAAUGGGUGUCUGUUCUGCAGGAAAUUUAGGAAACUUGCCUAUAAUCAUUAUCCCGGCUAUAUGUAAAGACAAAGGUAGUCCUUUUGGAGACUCCAAUGUCUGCUAUCAAUAUGGAAUGGCUUAUGCUUCACUUUCUAUGGCGGUUGGAGCUGUUUAUAUAUGGACUUAUGUCUAUAACAUAAUGAGAGUUUCCGCAAGUGUAGUACCAAAAGAUGCUUAUAGAACUAGCUCCUUCAGACUGGAGGCUUCAGGAGAGUUCCUAGAAUUCUUACCAGAGGAAGAAUCCUCAGAACCUGAAAAUCCAUCAAAGGACAACAUGGAUGAUUACACACUUCUGCUUUCUUCAAUUGAAUCUGAGGAGAAUGUGAAGUUACCAGUCUCAGCUAAAAUCAAACACCAAAUUGGAAAGCUUUUAGUCAACUCCAAUUUCAGAGCCAUAUUUUCACCAGCAACUCUUGGAGCGAUUGUUGGCUUUAUUGUUGGAGUAGUUCCCCAGAUACGUAAAUUGAUGAUUGGCGGCGAUGCUUCACUUCAUGUGAUUCAGGACUCAGUUACCAUGGUUGGUGAAGCAGCCGUCCCAGUUAUAACCCUUAUAAUGGGAGCAAACCUCCUUAAAGGUUUGAAGGGAGCAAAUACUUCGUUUUGGACAAUUCUUGGAAUUAUAGUAGUUCGAUAUAUUUUCCUGCCAAUUUUGGGUAUUCUAGUUAUUAAAGGAGCAACACAGUUGGGUUUGGUGCAACCAGAUCCCUUAUAUCAGUUUGUGCUUCUCCUUCAAUAUGCACUUCCACCAGCAAUGGCUAUAGGCACAAUCGCGCAAUUGUUUGGAGCUGGUGAAGGUGAAUGUUCUGUUAUCAUGCUAUGGACAUAUGCUUUGGCCUCAGUUGCAGUCACUUUUUGGACAACUUACUUCAUGUGGCUUGUGGCUUAAUUUUGUAUUCAUUGCUAUCUAUGGUUAUUAUUUAUUUAUUUUUAAAUUUUGCCUUAUAAGUAUCUCUUUUCAGCCAGGGGUAGGAACUGCCUACACUAUCUGUAGUUUUAUACAAACUUCCUCAAAUGGAUGAAAUAGAAUAUAUGUGGUUACUCAAACAUUAA